CCUAUGGUCCAGGCCUCAUCUUCCCAUUCAGGAUCCUCUAGCUCAGAAGACAACCAUCCGUCACUGAGCCCUGCCAGCAUGGCUGCCGGGAAUGUGGCAAUCAGAACAGUCUUCUUAUCCCAGAUUCUUCUUGGAAUCCUGGGGAAUUUCUCCCUUCUUUACCAUUAUCUCUUCCUGUAUUGCUCUGGGUAUAGGCUGAAGACCAUAGAUUGGAUUGUCAAGAACCUGAUUGUGGCCAACAUCUUGGUGCUGUUCUCUAGUGGAUUUCACGAUACAGUGACAAGUUUUGGGUGGCACCAAAUGAACAGUGAAUUUAUAUGCAGAUUUUUCCCAUAUGUUCGUGGAGUGGGCAGGGGAGUGUCCAUUGGCACCACCUGCCUCUUGAGUGUCUUCCAGGCCAUCACCAUCAGUCCCCGGACCUCCAGGUGGGCAGAGCUCAAAGUGAAAGCUCAGCAGUUGGUUUUCCCUUCAAUCAUCCUGUGCUGGAUGGUGAACAUGCUGCUAAAUGUCGUGUAUCCUCUGUACAUGACUGGAAAUUUGAACAACAUGAGCAUCACAGACAGAAAACCUUUUGGACACUGUUCUGCUGUUCGUCAUAACCAAACCGGGGACUCAUUAUAUGCAGCGUUGAUAUCAUUCCCUGAUGUCUUAUGUUUUGUGGUCAUGAUCUUGGCCAGUGGCUGCACGGUUUUCACGCUGUACAGACACAAGCAGAGGGUCCAAAACAUUCACAGGAUCAACGUCUCCUCCAUCUCCUCCCCUGAGUCCAGAGCCACCAAAACCAUCCUUCUCCUUGUGAGCACCUUUGUUAAUUUUAAUACCCUCUCCUCCAUCUGUUAUAUUAUUUUGUGUCUUUUGAACAAUCCUAGUGUGUUCAUUUCAAACAUCUCCUCAAUAAUCACUUCAUGUUUCCCAACUAUCAGCCCCUUUCUGAUUAUGAGUCGUGACUCCAGAAUAUCCAGGCUCUGCUUUGCUGGGAAAAGGAACUCAAAGUCCCCUCCCCUUAGGAGAAAGAUGUAA